CGCUGGAGUGUCUGAAGCCGUUGGCUGCUCCCGAACCGUUUGGCUUUUUCUCUAGUAACAGCCCCUCACCAUGUUCCUCAAUUUCUCCUCCAUCUCUAUUUCUUAAAGUUUUUUUUUUUUAAUGAUAUAAAAAAAAAAAUCCAAGAGCCGAGGUAACGCAAAACGGCAAGCGCCACGCCGCGCCUCUCUGGGAAUUUAAGUGCCGCCGCCGCCGCCUCCUCCUUCGCUUUCGCCUGGGUUUAUAACGCGAUAUUACGGCCGUAUUUUUUGAAAGAAAGGAAGGGGAAAAAAAAAAACCACACACACAUACACACUCCGGAGAGGAAAUUCCACACGGCAGCCCAGGCUCCCCCUGCGUGAUCUGGAUAUUACAGUAGGAGAGAGGUACUCCUCAGUACCUUGGGGUUGUUGGUGAACAUCUGAAGGACACCUGGUCACAUGGUGCUCAGACUUUUGGACAGUACCCUUGUUAAACCUUUGUAUUGUGGAAACCUCAGAGCUAAUACUGUGGCCAGGGACCUGUGUGCUGACCUCAUGGUUUAACCAGGAGUAAAGAUGAGCAUAAGCAGUGAUGAGGUCAAUUUCUUGGUGUACAGAUACCUACAGGAGUCAGGGUUUUCCCAUUCAGCAUUCACCUUUGGCAUAGAGAGCCACAUCAGCCAGUCCAACAUUAACGGCGCCCUGGUGCCCCCUGCUGCUCUUAUUUCGAUCAUUCAGAAAGGCCUGCAGUAUGUGGAAGCAGAAGUCAGCAUCAACGAGGACGGCACUCUCUUCGAUGGCCGGCCGAUCGAGUCGCUGUCUCUGAUAGACGCCGUCAUGCCCGACGUGGUGCAGACCCGGCAGCAGGCUUACAGGGACAAGCUUGCCCAGCAGCAGGCUGCCGCCGCCGCCGCCGCCGCGGCCGCCGCCUCGGCGACAGCCAACCAGCAGGGGGUGGCGAAGAAUGGCGAAAACACCGCCAACGGGGAAGAGAACGGAGCCCACGCCUUGCCCAACAACCAUGCCGAUAUGAUGGAGGUGGAUGGUGAUGUGGAAAUUCCCCAGAACAAGGCCAUGGUUUUGCGAGGCCAUGAGUCAGAGGUUUUCAUCUGUGCCUGGAACCCAGUCAGCGACCUCCUGGCUUCUGGGUCCGGCGACUCGACGGCGCGCAUCUGGAACCUGAGCGAGAACAGCACCGGCAGCUCCACCCAGCUCGUCCUGCGCCACUGCAUACGCGAGGGGGGGCAGGACGUGCCCAGCAACAAGGACGUCACGUCGCUAGACUGGAAUAGUGAAGGUACACUGCUAGCAACGGGCUCUUAUGAUGGAUUUGCCAGAAUAUGGACAAAAGAUGGUAAUCUUGCCAGUACCCUGGGUCAGCACAAAGGUCCUAUUUUUGCUUUAAAAUGGAAUAAAAAAGGAAACUUCAUCCUAAGUGCCGGCGUUGAUAAGACUACAAUCAUCUGGGAUGCGCACACAGGAGAGGCAAAACAGCAGUUUCCCUUUCAUUCAGCUCCUGCACUAGAUGUGGACUGGCAGAGCAACAACACCUUUGCGUCAUGCAGUACAGACAUGUGCAUCCAUGUCUGCAAGCUUGGACAAGACAGACCCAUCAAGACAUUCCAAGGGCACACAAAUGAAGUAAAUGCAAUCAAGUGGGAUCCUACUGGCAAUUUACUGGCAUCCUGUUCUGAUGACAUGACUUUGAAGAUAUGGAGUAUGAAGCAGGAUACUUGUGUCCAUGAUUUGCAAGCGCACAACAAAGAAAUAUACACUAUCAAAUGGAGCCCGACUGGACCUGGAACCAACAACCCAAACGCCAGCCUUAUGUUAGCCAGUGCAUCGUUUGACUCUACUGUUCGGUUAUGGGAUGUAGACAGAGGCAUCUGCAUCCACACGCUGACCAAACACCAGGAGCCUGUGUACAGUGUAGCCUUCAGCCCAGACGGCAGGUACCUGGCCAGCGGCUCCUUCGACAAAUGUGUCCACAUCUGGAACACACAGACGGGUGCUUUAGUCCAUAGCUACAGGGGGACGGGUGGCAUCUUUGAAGUUUGCUGGAAUGCAGCAGGAGACAAAGUGGGAGCAAGCGCAUCAGACGGAUCUGUUUGUGUGUUAGAUUUGCGGAAAUAACGCUGCUAAGUUGGAAGCCAUGGACCGACUAUGAAUGUGUACAUAGCCAAAAUGACUGUCCCUGCCCCCUGUACUGCUACAGUCCCACCUGAACCAUGGCCAGCCACUACAGCCCAGCAACCACGGCCCGGAGCGGAGCGCCCUCGGGAUCGGCUCUCCGGGAGCUGGAAGGGUUUCCUCACACACGGAAUUACAAGGAAAGGGACGUUUCCAAUUGAAGACCGUCAAAGUACCAAAAUCUGAAAGAUCUUUUUAUUUUCCUUCUCAGACCAGUCAGCGAGAUUUAAAAAAAAAUCUCCUGGGUAGAGCAGUUUGUGUGUGCAGACAUAUCGGCUUCCCUUAAUCCAGCGGCCCUUGAACUCUUUUUUUUUUUUUCCCUUUAGAAACGUUUAACAGUUUGUUUUUAGGUUACAGCUGCAUGAAGUAGAGGAAUGAUUUGGAUUCCUCUGUUUCUUUUCUCCUUGGACAGAAGACGUUAAAUGAAAAAACAGAAAUGUCUUUGGUACUUUGUUUUAUGGUUCUUAACAUUGCGGGGGACUCCAAGGUUUUAAAAUGAUCAGUUUCACUUUUACUUAUUCUUCAACGGUAGUUUUGAUGCUAUGGUUUUACUGGUGACAUCUAAAUGCAGUAGUUUUUUUUUAAAGGGGACAUUUAUUCAGCCAGAUUUAAAGGAUUACAAAAAUAAAAUGGGCACAAAAAAUUAGAGAAGAUGCAAUCUGCAUCAUUUUGCUUUAAAACCAUAAUUAUGGUUGGAUUGUGCACUAUUGAUAGAGCGACAUUAUUAAAAAAAAUGUUCAUCGAUCUUUCUGGACAAAGGUUGACUGCUGUAGCUGUUACUAGAAUGCACCAUUCAUUAGUAAACUGCAGAUGACUAGUCAGUGAGUAACUAGACUCCAGUAUUAAUGACUGAUAAUAUUGGUAACUUUUAAAGAGAUGUCCACAAGAAUAGGUGACUUCCACAGUUUGUGGUCCCUCUCAGUACAUCGUGAAGAAAAGGGAAGACUUGCUCUAAGUUUCUUUUUUUAUGACCGACAGUAUUUUAUGCAGUUUGGACUGGUGUUGGGGUCUUGCAUUUUUGUAUACUCUAGCUUUUAUUUUCAGUAAAUUUUCAUGAUCCAAACGUUUUGCUUAAUUAUGAUAAAUAACUUGUAGCAUUCUUUUCUUGUGCUUAAAAUGUUUUGUCUUUUGUUUUAACAAACUUAUUUUAACUUAGCCAGCACUGUACCUUCUUGAUUAGCUCUAAAACAUUAUGCUCAGUAAGAACUGGAAUCCAAUUUUAUUUUAAUCAGACCCUGCAUCUUUAGUGUUGUGGAAACAAAGCUUUACUCAGUAAUGUUGACUUUUUUGAAGAAUAAAAAAUGACACUUAAAGCAAGUCUGGGUGUUGGGCAGGGAAAAUGUGUGUAAUUGGUAAUUGUGACAUGGAACAACAAUGUAAUUAUAUAUGUCCGAGUUAUCACAGGAUAUGCUUUUAUAUACUACUCAUAUGUAAGGGUAGUUUUUAAAUUAAACUCUGUAUUGUUACCUUUUAAUGAACACACUUUACUGUGUGCUAUAUGCAUUAUGUGGACAUGAAGUCUUUACCAUGCGAUUGCAAGCUUAUCUGAGGAUCGCCUUUAUAAAAUACCAUUAGACAGUCAUAGCAAAACAACACCCUUUUAUUGAAUGUGAACAAAGUCCUAAAAAUCCUGGUUUAUCUUUUAUGAUUCCCCCCCCCCCUUCUUACUAUAGAGCCACCCAUAGUGAAUUAAUACUGCUUGAAUUAAAUGUCCCAGUGUUGGGUUUAGCCUUGGUGUUUUAAUUAUAUUUGCCUGAAGAAAAAGCACUUCAAUUGUCUGUCAGGCUGAGUCACCAUACUCAUUUAUGGCCCCUGUAUUUUCUGUUGAAAUAAUUAUGUAUACUUUCAAGUCUGAGGUCUUACUAGAUAGGUUUUUCCUUUAAGAUGUGGGACGGAAUGCACUUCUUCUACAUAGCAGCAUUCCAUGUUACUGUAAUGAGCACACAACUACUGCGACAUUUGUUUUUGUAUGCCUUAUGAUGUGUUCUGUUAGAAUAUCAUUUAAUUUUACAGUCUUUUAAAUUUUAUACAAAUAGUAUUUUGAAAUGUGCUUUAAUUUUGUCUACUUCAACGUGGAUAGUAUCAUCUGGACACUUCUGUUUGCAGUCUAUGGCAGUGGAAUGGUAUUUUAUAAUUUUGUUUUUUAAAUGAACAUGCUUUCUACACUGGAGUUCAGUGUCUGCCUCCCCUGUUCUCUCCCCUACGUUUAUGAGGUGUGCAACCAGGCCCAGGACAGUUUUGUACUCUGAAAACUUUUAUAAUUAUGAUUUCUUUGUAGCUGUUGAAGCAAAAGAGAAAAUAUUAGGUGUACCGUACUAUCUUGAAUCAUGUAAAUAUCACACAAGAUUAAAGAUUUUGGGUUCCACGUUGCAUAAUAGUUGCCCACGCCCACCCUUUGUUUUCUCUUAAAAGAAAUCACUUUUUGUUGCAGAUUCCCUUUGCAUUGUAUUGAUCUGACAGUUGUAAUUUGAUUCAGAUCUGAAAAGAAGUCCAGAAUAAAAUAUAUUUUGAUAUUA